GAUAGGUCGCUUUCUCUUGUGACGACAGACCCGACAGCCAAUGGCAAGGCUCCGUCUAGUUAUUCAGUGCGUCACAGUCGAUGACUCUCUUCCCGCAAUUACGUAGUCCGUGGCGCGCGACAAGGAAAUUGACUGCUGAAACGCGAAUGCACAAUGGAUGCCGUCGACAGUUGUCGACGCCAGAGGUUCGCGUUCUUCCCCGGAUUCUUGGCUCGAUAAUCGCGGAGGACUUCCGGCUGACUCGUGUGCGUCGUGACACGCGCGACAACGACGUCGCCGAGAAGAGUGAGCCGGAGUUUCCUCGCGCCCCAUCGAGCGGACGUCGAUCCGAGCUGGUUGAGCGAUCGGACAAACUCACCGAUGGAUUAGUUAAAAGUAGGAGACUGAUCGUAACACUCCUCAAGAUGACAGACUGGAACAGAAGCCGAGGCGGGAUACCACCUCGUUGGUUACACUGUCCCAGGAAGGCUAUCAGACUCAUCCAGAACAAAUUCUUAGCGUUUAAGACUCCCUUAUGCUCGGCGUUUGACAACCAGGUACCCGAGGAAUGCCGCUUCAAUGUUGAAAUGCUCUUCUCGUCUCUGAAGAGCCAGCGGCUCAAGCUCGGGCUAUGGAUAGAUUUGACGAACACUUCCAGAUUCUACAAUAAAAAGGAGAUCGAGGAUCAUGGCUGCAAGUACCUGAAACUGCAAUGUGCAGGUCAUGGCGAGACGCCGAAUUUAGAGCAGACAAAGCUCUUCAUUCAGGUCUGCAAGAAUUUUAUUUCCCAAAACCCAUUGGAGAUACUUGGCGUGCACUGCACACACGGCUUCAAUCGGACUGGCUUCCUGAUUAUAAGCUACUUGGUAGAGACCGACGGAACUAGCGUAGAUGCUGCUUUAGCGGAGUUUGCCACGUCCAGGCCACCAGGCAUCUACAAAGCAGAUUAUAUUCAAGAACUGUUUAGACGAUAUGACGAUGUUGACGAUGCUCCGCCACCUCCUCCAAAACCUGCGUGGUGUUUGGAAUAUGACGACGCUAAUAUCGAGGACAUCGACGAUGGUCUUGGUGAGCCUUGUGGUGAUACCUCGAGCGACGAGCCCCAUAAUAAAAGGAGGAAACGAGAGCACAACGUUCGGAAUCCUAUUUUCAUGGAUGGAGUGCCAAGCGUUACUCCUUUAACGGAGAUGGCUAAAAUUAGUGGAAUUCAACGACGAGUCCAGGAAAUGUGCUCCUGGCCGCAUUCCGGCUUCCCAGGCUUGCAGCCUGUUUCAAUGGACACUGUAAACAUCAAGCUGCUGCAUGAGAAGCCAUACAGAGUGUCGUGGAAGGCCGAUGGUACUAGGUACAUGAUGCUCAUACAAGCUGACGGGGAUAUAUACUUCCUGGACCGAGACAACAGCAUCUUCCAGGUGCAGGGCCUAACCUUCCCACAUCGCACCGACCUGAACAGACGUCUAAAAGACACGCUGCUCGACGGGGAAAUGGUGAUCGAUCGAGUUAACGGCAAGGAAUAUCCGAGGUAUUUGGCGUACGACGUAAUAUGGUACGAUGGGAAGGAUGUCAGUAAGCUGGCAUUCCACCCAAACAGGUAUGACAUCAUCGAACGAGAAAUUAUGGGAGCCCGGUACCGAGCCUUCAAGGAAGGUAGGCUGCGCAGGGAACGCGAACCUUUUUCGGUGAGACAGAAGCAGUUCUGGGACGUGACGCAGACAGGGAGCCUGCACGGGGAGAAGUUUGUCAAGCAGCUGGGCCAUGAGCCCGAUGGCUUGAUCUUCCAGCCUGCAAAGGAGCCCUACACACCUGGACAGUGUCCGGACGUUCUAAAGUGGAAGCCGGCCUCUCUUAAUUCGGUCGACUUCAAGCUGAAGAUUGUGACUGAAUCAGGGGCUGGGAUUCUGCAACAAAAGAUUGGCCAGCUCUUUGUCAAAGGACUUAACGUGCCCUAUGGCUGCAUGAAGUUCACCAAGGCGAUCCGAGAACUGAAUAACAAGAUCAUCGAGUGCAAAUUUGAGAACGGCUCGUGGGUCUUCAUGAGAGAGAGGACCGACAAGUCAUUCCCUAAUUCUCUGAAUACCGCUGAGUCGGUGUGUCAGAGCAUCAAGGACCCUGUGACGAUAGAACGCCUGCUGAGAUUCAUCGAGACCGAUAGGUUUCUCCAGGACGAUUCGGAUCUGAUGCCGCCACCUAACAAGAGGCGCAGGUGACAGGACGUGUUGAGUUAAAGUGAUCAAAGUGGAUUCCACAGUGCCCCCCCCCUGAGUGGUUCCCCCCUGUGUGUUUCGAGCAGUCGGAUCGUGCGAGUUAACCUCAAAAUCUCCCUUUAUAUCCUGUUUAAUCUGGGAUUAUGAAUUUUCUCGAUGUGUAGAUUAGAGUUUAAGGCGGUACAGAUGUAACACGUUGCUCGGAGCGUUAAAUAAAGGAAAUUUACAUUCUA